ACGCUAAACACCAACAUGUUUGGAGACCAAGCAAAUAAGCUUGUGUUGGACGCUCACCGAACGUCAAACCUUCCCGAAAUAACACUCUACCAGUCCGACUUGGUGGACGACAUCGUCAAAGAAACUAACGAUUUGGGCAGGGAUGUCGAUUACAUUACUGAACAACAAAGAACGAAUCCAGAAGGCACCUCAGCUGAACAAAUAGUAGCUCUUGAGUGUCAGUUGUUUGUGGCCCGAUUGUCAAUGAGAAGAAACAAGCGCUGCUUAUUAGCCCAUCAGAAACUUCGAGCUGACAAGAUGAACGAAUUUGCAUGGCUCAACAUAGAUCCUUCCGAUUCCAAUAGUACUCCCCAACCAUCGCUUACAAAAACUGGUGCUUUGGGAUCCAAUUACACAACUCGCAUGAUAUUGGACAACUUGAGUAACCAGGAACAAGAGUACUUCAAGCAGUAUCUGCAACUCCUUGUCGAUAUGAAAUCGAAGUAUGUUGACAUUGACCUCAGCGGAGAUCUAGAGCCUCCCACGAGCAUAUUCAUAGAUGUGAGGGUGUUGAAGGACGGGGGAGAGGUGCAGACGGAGUAUGGAGUGUUCAACUUGAUCAAGGACUCACAGUUCUACGUGAGAAAAUCCGAUGUGGAGAGGUUGAUUCAGCAGGGGUAUUUAGAAGAGUUGUAGGUUCAUUCCGUUGCAUUAAUUGUACUAUAAUAUAAGUUAAUUGUGAGACUGGGGUUGUGGAAAGGAGAUUUACUCUUCCAUUUCGACGUCAGAGAUUCCGAAUGUUUCGACAUCGGCUUCUGGUUUGACAAUGGGGUCAGGCUCAUCGGUGUCAUCAACACCAUUUUUUUCUUCUGGCUGUUCUUCUUUGACAGGCUCUUCUUCAACAGGCUCUUCUUCAACAGGCUCUUCCUUGACGGACUCUUCUUCGACAGUCUCGGGUUCAGGCUUAAACUUCUGGUCCUCUGUAGGUUCUUGUGGGAUGAGGUGGGUCAAAAGGUCUAUCUCUUCAUUCAACCUGCGUUUUCCCAACGCUGUGUUUUUCUGAUCAACAGGUAUGGGGAGUAUCAUCACCUGGUCUUCAUUUUUGUCGAAUACACCGGUGUUGUCAUCCAUGAUCUUCACCUCUUUUCGGAGAUUUAUUGCUAUAUCGCUGAGGGUUUGAUAUAUAAGUCUGGUCUGGGUUUCUAUGGUAUCUUUGGCAUCAUCGCUGUUGUUUGACGGAGUGGAGUAUCUGUCAAAGAUAUCGGACAUGUAUCCCAAGAGGGACACGAUGCUGGAAUCGAUGUCGUUCAAUGAAUCCAAUCGCUGUUGUAUGAAUUGGCCAUUGGACAUGUUGAUGUU